AUGGCGCUCAAUAUUUGCAAGAUUUCAUGGCACGAUAGAGUAAUUAGAGAUAUCGCUAAUAGCGGCGCCUAUGCUGUAAGUGGAGACUAUGCUGUAAGUGGAGACUAUGCUGUAAGUGGGGACGACUAUGCUGUAAGUGGGGACGACUAUGCUGUAAGUGGGGACGACUAUGCUGUAAGUGGAGACUAUGCUGUAAGUGGGGACGACUAUGCUGUAAGUGGAGACUAUGCUUGGGACGACUAUGUUGUAAGUGGAGACUAUGCUGUAAGUGGAGACUAUGCUGUAAGUGGGGACGACUAUGCUGUAAGUGGGGACGACUAUGCUGUAAGUGGGGACGACUAUGCUGUAAGUGGAGACUAUGCUGUAAGUGGAGACUAUGCUGUAAGUGGAGACUAUGCUGUAAGUGGAGACUAUGCUUGGGACGACUAUGCUGUAAGUGGGGACGACUAUGCUGUAAGUGGAGACUAUGCUGUAAGUGGAGACUAUGCUGUAAGUGGAGACUAUGCUGUAAGUGACAUGCUUGGAGACUUUGCUGUAAGUGGAGACUAUGCUGUAAGUGGAGACUAUGCUGUAAGUGGAGACUAUGCUGUAAGUGGAGACUAUGCUGUAAGUGGAGACUAUGCUGUAAGUGGGGACGACUAUGCUGUAAGUGGGGACGACUAUGCUGUAAGUGGGGACGACUAUGCUGUAAGUGGGGACGACUAUGCUUGGGGCGACUAUGCUGUAAGUGGAGACUAUGCUGUAAGUGGAGACUAUGCUGUAAGUGAGGACGACUAUGCUGUAAGGGGACGACUAUGCUGUAAGUGGAGACUAUGCUGUAAGUGGAGACUAUGCUGUAAGUGGGACGACUAUGCUGUAAGUGGGGACGACUAUGCUGUAAGUGGGGACGACUAUGCUGUAAGUGGAGACUAUGCUGUAAGUGGAGACUAUGCUGUAAGUGGGGACUAUGCUGCGAGCUGA